AUGGAGGUCUCUGGCCCUUCCCCGGCCGACCGCCGCCCGGGGACUCCGUGCCUCCUCGAAUCCUCCGAUACCCCUACAAAUCCACCACGCCUACCCCUCUCACUCGCAGCUCCCCGAAGAGACGAGCGAUCUCCUCUCCGACGAAAUCCCCCGCCGCGAAGCCAGCUCGACUGGAAGCUAGCCACGACCUCCCUCGCGGAGGCUCAUGACUCGGCCGUCUUCUCCCUGCAGGGUCGCCCACAGGAGCUUGCGAACGCACUCGCAGCGAGAUUCGUGAAGCAGCAACAUCAGGCUCGCCAGGCGAAGAAGCUCGACACCCGAGACUUCCUCCGACUCCCUGGCUCAUCUAACCUGCGGGAUAUCGGCCCACAUGGGAUCCGCGUCUCCCUCUCCGAUAAAGACCCUGGGGACAUCGAAUGGGUCCAGUCCAUCCCAACGGUAGUGAUCGACGAGGGAAAGGCGUUCCUACUUUCCCCCGAGGCAAGGGAGUUAGAGGCCGAUGGCCACUUCGAUGACGCGAUGGAAUGCCACCAGGUGUUAGUUCCUCGUAUCCCACGUCAGAUCUGGCCCCCUGAUGGCAGGUGGUCCCCCACCACGAUCGACGCGAUCAGCGCGGAAACUGAACGGGCGGAUGCCGACUCUCUAACUGCGAUCAUUGCCUUCCCGCAGAGGCCCCGCCACGAGCUGCAGCUUUUUUGGCGCCUCCGGCCUAUCUCGACCAACUCGACCGAAACAGCGGCCGCUCCAUUGCACCCGCUGCCACGGUUUUCACGACGCUCGAGCAUGCUGGUCAAACGAGAGAUGCGUGUCUUGCGGGUCGACCUAAAGCGGAACACUCCUGUCGCACACAAUGCAUCAACUGUCACGAAGGGAGCCAUAGCCCGCCUCUCGAAUGAUGCCCUAACUGUAAUCCGUAAGACUGGCCGUACUGCAUACCAACAACAGCAGGCUACCCUCCGACUCACGAACCUCACCUCUCAAGCUGGCUCUCUAGGCAGCUCACAGGCCAGAUCUCCCCUCGAUCUGAACUAUGAAGACCUUUCAAGCUAA